CUUCUUCAUGUCCUAGACCUCCCUUGUCGUUGCCUCGAGAUCGUGAAUAUUUACGUCAUCAGAUUGAACGAAAUCGUGUGUCAAGACAUAGUUUGGAAGAAUUAGAGGCUCUCCGUACAAGGCUGGCUGAAAUAGAAACCCGACAAAGAUCACAAGAAGAGUCCCCCCGACAUGUCUCGACAUCGGGUAAUGUUAUCGUUGAAGCUGAUUCGCCCUUGGCUCCCGAACUUACUAUAGAGGCACUCCCCACUAAGAUAAAAAUUCCACAAAUUGGCAUGUAUGAUGGAACUUCAGAUCCUGAUGCACAUUUGGGUCAUUAUACGUCUUGGAUGGAUUUGCAUGGCGCGUCUGACGCUUUGAGAUGUCGGAUGUUUUCACUCACACUGGGGCCGCCCUACGCCCGAGAAGCACAAAACGCCGGGAAGCAAGUCAUGAACGUUGAUCUUCGAGAUACCAUUAAUAAACGGAAUUGUCCCAUCACUUUCAACAUCGAAGAUGCCAAUUUGUUCGCUCACCCACGUUCUGAUGCUCUCAUUAUCACUGCUCCAAUUAGAGGAAUUCCUCUUCACCGAAUUAUGGUUGACACCGGAGCUUAUUCAAGUAUUUUGAUGUUUCGUACUUUCAAGAAAAUAGGCUUGGAUCCCGCUGAUAUUAGGCCUUGCAAUGAUCAGAUUCAGGGCUUCAAUGGAAGCAUUUCUUGUCCCCUCGGUGAAAUCUUACUCCCUUUUCGAUUUGGGGGCUUUGGACCAAAAUCUAAGAUCAUUAUGGAAACUUUCAAAGUUAUGGAUAUUCAAAAUGAAUACAAUGCUGUCGUAAGACGUACUGCUCUUUAUAAACUUCGCGCUGCUGUGUCGAUUUUUCAUUAUGCAUUGAAAUUUUCCACCCUCGAAGGAGAAGGUACUCACUACGGAGAUCAACAAGAAGCGCGAAACUUGACAUUGAUUCUGACUUCACGCGAUGUUCAAGCAUAUGAGGCACAUGAAACUACUGACCCUGCUCAAAAUGAUCUGAUAAACUCC